AGAUUUGAUUUCGGUUAAAACCAAAGAACACGUCCUCGCCGGAAGUUGUGUUGUUUACAUUUUCCAAGAUGGCGGCGGGAAUGUAUUUGGAACACUAUUUGGACAGCAUAGAGAACCUGCCAUUUGAACUGCAGAGGAACUUCAAUUUGAUGAGGGACUUGGAUCAACGUACGGAGGAUCUAAAGGGGCAGAUAGACUCCCUGGCAAAGGAUUACACAUCCAACGCCAGGACCCUCUCGUCUGAACAGAAGCUUACUAUUCUGAGGCAGAUCCAGCAGUCGUACAGCAAAAGCAAGGAGUUUGGGGAUGACAAAGUGCAACUGGCCAUGCAAACUUAUGAGAUGGUGGACAAGCACAUCCGGAGACUGGACACAGACCUGGCCCGCUUUGAGGCCGACCUGAAGGAGAAGCAGAUAGAGAGCACAGACUAUGAUUCCACCUCCAGUAAGGGAAAGAAAUGUGAGUCCAGGGGACUGAAAGAGAAGAAGGUGGCUAAAACUCGGUCUAAAGUGAAGAGCUCAGAUGAAGAUGGCAGUCCGAAGAGUGCACAGAAGAAAGUCAAACUUCUCCAGCCGGGGGAGUUCACUGCUCCAGUUGCUAAUUUUGGGAAUGUGCAUCCCUCUGACGUUCUGGACAUGCCAGUGGACCCCAAUGAGCCCACCUACUGCCUGUGUCACCAGGUGUCUUAUGGAGAGAUGAUUGGCUGUGACAACACAGACUGUUCCAUCGAGUGGUUCCACUUUGCCUGCGUGGGCCUGACGACGAAACCAAGAGGGAAAUGCAUGACGCAACAGGAACCGGGAUUUGUUGGACCAGGACUGCUGCUGACUGGAGGUUUUUGUUUGUCACACCGUUCUCGGUAAACCACAGACACUGUCAUGCGUGAAAAGCUCAGGUAUUGUCCACGCUGCUCUCAAGACAGAAAGAGAAAGUAAGCCCCUAAGGUAGAGGAGCCAACCGGUUGUAGAGUCAGGAUACUACGUUAGUAAUGAAGAGAAAGUAACAUGACAGUUUCUGUCCCCAGGAUAGUAUUACAUUGUUUAUCGGUCUUCUAGCAUUGAACAAUUGGUGCUUUCUUUUUUUGUUUACUUGAUUGUUCUGUCUUGGUUUAAUGCAGUGAAGGAGAUAUGUGGUUACAGAUGUAUUUAAAAAUGUUUCAAAGGUUAUGAGAGUUGAUAGGUACGAGAGUUGCUUUGUUUUUACAUUUUUAUGUUUCUAUUUUUUUGUAACUGAACAAUAAACACUAAAAUGUGACAGUUAGUGUCCAUAAUAUUGUA